AGUCCGUCCCACGGCCAAUGUCAGUCAAUAUAUAGAUCUCAAACGUUUCGCAUUGUUACCAGCAAAAUGGUUAAGAAUACAAAAAAAGAUAACCGAACACCAUCGGUUGUUCCUGAAGUGGUAAUAACUAAUCAACCAGACGAAGGAAAUGUUCGUGAUGCAAAUACCUUAUCCAGAGAACCGUCACGUGAUCGAAGCUCGCGAUCGGUUUCCAUAUCACGUCUGAAAGCCGGAGAUCCUUUGAGAAAAGAAAUGAUGUUUGUUCGUGAAAAGUCACCCUUCGAGAUAGGAGAAAAUCGAGAUAUUCAGUUAGCAUCAUCAAAAGCUAUUAUAGAUAAGGCUUUGAUCAUGGAUGUGUCUGGGGGAAUCACAAAAGUCGACGAAUAUGUCUCUUUAUUUUUUUCUCCAGGAUGUGUCAUAGAUGCUGCAGUGUGUGAAGAUAUCUCUACUCAACAAACUAUAGAAGUUGUUGUUGUGGAAGAAGAAGAAGAAGACGAAAGACCAGAGUUGGUGAUUACACCUCUAAAUUCAAGGGAAGAAACAAUAAAACAUCAAGAAACCGGAGAAAUAGACGAAAGCAAAAUUGAUUUGUCGAGUGUCACUGAAGAAAGUUUACCUUUAGAAACUACAGAAAUAUCUUCUGAACCAGAUAUCGCUACAUUUGCAAGCAAUAUUGACGGGGAAGUUACAGAGCUUUCAAAUACUGAUGAAGUAAAUAAACAAGAAGAAACAGAGGAAUUAACAGAGAUUGCAAUAGAAGACAACAUAAAACAAGAAUCAGAUAAGACAGAAGAAGAAGAAGAUGAAAUAGAAGAAGAUGAAGAGGAAGAGGAGGAAGAAGAAGAGGAAGAGACUGAAUCAUCAUCGGAUGAAUCAUAUGAAGAAUUAGUAGAUCCUUCGUUAUGGCGCGUUUAUGAUCCUAACAGUGAAGAUCCUACCGCUUGGUUCUACAAGCCUCCUGAAGAAGUCACUGCUGAACCAACAGAAAAAGAAAGGGAUGAAGAAUUCAGAAGAGCACGGUUAUCAAGACGAAUUCCUAUAUUUCUAACUAAUCUCACUGAUCGAGCAGGUCCGUUAGGAUCGGACAUCAAACUACAGUGUACCGUAGAGGGUUUAGAAAUGACAUGCAAAUGGUUAAAAAAUGAUCAGCUAGUUGAAAGAACUUCCCGACUACAAACAACGGCUAUUGAUGGGCUAUACACUUUAGUUUUAAAAGAUGUAGAGAAAUACGAUGAAGGUGUUUACACCAUCGUUGCAAAAAAUAGAGGAGGAGAAGUAAGUUCUUCAGCCAAAGUAAGGAUAUAUGAAGAUCCGAGAGAUCGAAUAGAAAUUCCCACUAUUGUCAAGAUUAGAGAUUACUAUCACCAUGCUCUGAAUGAUUUGAUAAUCGAAUGUCAAAUUAUGUCUAAACCAAGCUGGUCUGUACCAGAAGUGACGUGGUUAAAAGGAGAAGAUCCUGUUACAUUAGACAAUAGAGUAAGAGCAACUUAUGAAGGAAAUGAAAUUUUCCAGUUAAAUAUAUAUAAUCCUACGCCAGAUGAUAGUGGAAUAUACACGUGUGUAGCAAAAAAUUCAGCAGGCGAACAAGAAAUCACACACGAAGUCGAUUUCACAGCAAAGGUACACUACAUACAUCUACCUGGAAUGCAUCACGCCGAUAAAAAGAUUCUUACUGAAGAAGAACUUCUGGAAAAACGAGAACAGGAUAAGAAGCAAGCGCAGGUGCGAGCAGCUUUACGCUCGUCAUCAAGACCGGAACCUCCUUCAGAACCAUACAAAGAAGAAUCUUUCGUUAUUCGCGACUCAAAAAAUAAACUAACUUGGGCGGGACAACUGCAUAAUAUAACUGCUCAAAAAGACCAAAUAGUGAAAAUGAUCUGUUCCGUAAAUGGAGAUCAGGCCAUCAUAAAAUGGCAAAAAAAUGGAAAGGCAAUAGAAUAUGAUGAUCGGGUGAAACUCCUGAAUAGUGGUGUUAUUGGCCAAAUAAUGAUCAAUGGAGUGAGACCUAGAGAUGCUGGUGAAUAUGUCUGUACAGCCAAAAAUAAUUACAAUGAAAUUAAAACAUCGUGCGUUUUGAAAGUCAUUCAAUUAGCUACAUUGGACACAUCACCGCCAACUUUUACAAAAGCUAUUAAAGAGUUCUACGAUUUAAGAGCAAAUGAUCUGGUUUUAGAAACUCAGGUGCAUGGUGUUCCAAACCCCAAUAUCCAAUGGUAUAAGGAUGAUGAGAAAAUCAUUUAUGAUGACAAGCUAAUGCUAAAUCGUGAACCAAACGGAAGGUAUCAAUUGCGUAUACAUAAACCUCACAUAGAAGAUUGUGGUCUAUAUGAAUGUCGAGCUAAUAAUAGUGAUGGGCAGUCUAAGGUAAAGCACAAAGUGAAAUUCAGCUCUAACGAAACAUUUGUGCAUGCACAUCGGAUUGAACACGCCGAACGGUUUAAAAGACUUCUCGAAGAGGAAAUAGAAUUCAGUUCAGCUCAAAACAUAACCCAGGAAGCACCACAGCCGGAAGUGAAAAGCAGAGAAAUAAAUGCCGAAAGCGCUGAAUCUCCUUCAAACGACACAGAAGUAGAAAAAGGAGAAGAAGAGGUAGCUAAUAUUAAUAAAGAUUCCACUGUAACAGAAACAGAACAGCCAGUAGAGAAAGAACCUACCCUUCCAAAACCAAAACCAACAAUCAAACCUAGGACAAUGCCCAGACGAAGAUUCGAUGAAGGACCAACAGAACCAUUUAUUAUAAGAGAUUCUAAGAAAAAGCUUUUAUGGGAAUCGAAGUUAAAAAACUUUACCGCACAAGAAGGAGGCAGUAUUAAACUUGUAUGCAUUGUAGCUGGGCCACAACCGCAAUAUAAAUGGAUGAAAAAUGGAAAACCUUUGGUGUGGAGUAAAGAUGUUAUAAAUGCUACCAAAGCAGAAUUCGGCUGCGUUAAAAUCAACCAUGCGUCUCUAUCAGACGCUGGUGAAUAUACUGCAAUAGCCAAAAAUGCUGAUAGUGAAAUCGAGUGUACCUGUAAAGUCACGGUAUUUUCGAGCGCUGAAGGGGUGCACACAAAACCAACUUUUACUCGCAUUACAGACUAUUACGACAUUCGAGUCAAUGAUCUCAUUUUAGAAGUACAAGUUCGCGGGACCCCAACUCCUACAUUACUAUGGGAAAGAGACGGACGAGAAUUACAUAAUGGAAUGGAUAGGAUAAUGAUAGCACGAGAAAAGGAUGGCGUAUAUAAAUUAAGCAUUCAUGACCCGGUUAAAUUGGAUGGUGGACAUUGGGUGAUAACCGCCAAAAACACUGCAGGAGAAGAAAAAGUAAAACACCAUGUAAUUUUUAAAGGAAAAGAACAUUAUCAACAUGUUUCUGGCAUCUACCAUGCGGAUCCAAGAAUCGCAAUUGAUGAAAGCAGUGAAUACCACAUACCAGGAAGAUCACGGUCAGUAUCAAGAGCAGCAUCUGUUUUAUCAAUAAAGUCACAACCAAGAGAACCAUCGAUACCAAUCACCGAGGAUGCUUUGAAUGCUGCACUAACUGAACAUAGUGUACAAAUGGAGGCAUCAGACGAAAAUACUGCACCGCUUGAAGAAAAGAGUACCAAAAAAAGUCAGAAAAAAUCAGAAUGGCGUAAAAAGUUGUCCACUCUUUACGAUACACAGCAUUUGCCCAUUCCAGAGGAACCCAAAAAACCAAAAGCACUUGAAUCAAAGCAGAAACUUUACUUUGAUGCCCAAUUGAAGAACAUGACGGUAGCUGAGGGCAGCACUGUUAAGUUAAUAUGUUCGUGUGUGGGUCCAGCUCCUACUAUUAAGUGGUACAAAAAUAACACACCAAUAUCAUAUUCAAAAAUAUUAAAGAACGAAACUAAACUUGGAGUUGGAGCUAUCAACUUUUCAACUACAACUGUAAAUGAUUCAGGAACAUACAAAUGUGUAGCAAAUAACAAUUUUGGAGAAGUGGAAACUUCCUGUUUGUUGACAGUCUUUCCAGUACAAGGAGAGCAGCAUGAAGCACCAAAGUUUGUGAAAAAUGUCAGAGAGUUUUAUGAUAUCCAGGUAAAUGAUCUUAUCCUUGAGGUCCAAGUUCGUGGUAAUCCACAUCCCAGCAUUAAGUGGUACAGAGAUGGUAUUGAACUUGAAGAUACGGAAGGUGAUAAGUUUUUCCUUCUCAGAGAACCCAAUGGAAUUCACAAACUAACUAUACAUGAUCCACAAAUAAAAGAUCAAGGUCGCUAUAUGUGUGAAGCUGAAAACGUAGCUGGUAAAGAUACCAUUAGGCAUGAAGUAAGAAAGCUUAAUAAAGACGACUAUUGUCACGUUUAUGGAAUUGCACAUCAUGAUCCAAGCGUGAUGAAACAUGGAAUUUAUGAAGAACAACAAGAAGUAGUGGAGCGAGAGCAUCGAGAAGUUGUAUUUUUAGAAGAUGGUACAUAUUAUAUGCGUGGACAAACGCCAGAACAUUUAUGGGAAUAUGAAACAGAUACCAGUGCAGAAAGCGAAUAUGAGCCAUACGAUGGACCACCUACAGAAGAAGAGAUAGAAGAAGACGAUGAAGAUGAAGAAGAAUCCGAAGCAGAAGAAAAUAAAAAUACAAAAAUUGAAGAAAAUGUUGUAACUGAAAGCAAUGACGACAAGGAUAUAGUCAAAGCAGAAACAGAACAAGAAGACACUAUAGAAAACUCGGAAGACGUUGAAAAUAUAGAAGAAGAAAAACCUAAACCUCCUCCAGUCAUCAAGCGAGGCCCAAAGAUUAAAAAAAUGAGAAAAAAAGUCAGCAAGUCUGUCAAAAUUCCUCAAGAAGUAGAGUCAGCACAACCUUCCCAACAGCUACCGAAAUUGGAAGAAAUUAAACCCCAGCCAAAAACACAAUCUACUGAAACAGAUAUAAGAGAGGCCGAACUAUCAAAGGACGAACAAAGCAGUCAAGAACCUCAAACUACAGAUGUCAAUAAAACAGUUAUAAAAAGUGAAGAGGUACUAAGAAAAGAAAGAUAUCUUCGCCUAUUCCCGGAACUUGUACCAGUACCACAAAAACCAGAAGAAAGUAAAAACGCCUUGAAAUUCAUUACAGAAUUAAGGGACAUAGCGGUAAUGGCAGGAAAACCAGCGAAGUUGUUUUGUACAAUUCUAGGUCCUAAGCCAGACAUAAAGUGGUUUAAAAAUGGAGAACCAAUGGAGUUUACUAAAACUAUCAAGAAUCAAUCUCAUGAAGGCACUGGAAUUGUAUCAUUUGCACAGAUAUCUGAAUCAGAUGAAGGAGUUUAUACGGCUGUUAUUAAAAAUAAAGAGAAUCAUGUAAUAACCACUCAGGCCAAAAUUUCAAUUAUUCGGAAACCUGAGCUGCCUAAAGGAAUGGGUCCAAGGUUUAUAACUAAUAUAGAUCAACAUUAUGAUUUUAGAGUUGAUGAUUUGAUAUUAGAAACACACAUAAAAGGCGAUGGUUUACUUAGAGUUCAAUGGUUCUUAGAUGGGAUCGAAAUCGAAAAUAAUGAUAAAUAUAUUCAAAUUCGAGAGCCAAUGGGUGUAUAUAAAUUAUGCAUUCAUAAUCCACAACCAAGAGAUAGUGGAAGAUAUACUAUUCAAGUAUCAAAUGAUUUUGGUAAAGCUGAACAAAAAUAUAAUUUACGAUUUGAGGGUAAAACUGCUAAACCAUCUUAUGGGAUAUUUCACGCAGAUCCCAGAAGACAGUAUGCUGAUGAUGAAGAAGAAAAACAACCAAGACAAUACCGUGAGGUGGUGUUUUUAGAAGACGGAUCGUAUUACGUACGAGGAAAAACUCCAGAAGAGUUUUGGGAGUGGGAAACUGAUACAAGUGCUGAAAGUGAAUAUGAGGAAUACAUUUCUGAAGGUAAUUCAGAGACAUCUGAGGAAGAAAAAGAAGAAGGAAAUGAUGAAGAUGAUGAAAAGAACUCCAAAGAAGAUGAUAUUACAAUAGAGCCAGCUAAACAAACGGAGCCUGAUAUUGAAAUUGCUGAAACUGAAAAGGAGCCAGAAGAGGAAGAACAUGACGAGGAUGAGGAUCAGCCUAUCGAGGAACCUCCCAAGGUCAUCAAACGAGGACCGAAAAUAAAAAAGAUGCGAAAGAAGGUCACUAAACCGGUUACGACUAUAGAAGCAACCCCUAUAUCUCUUCCUGCACAGGAAACAAUUAAGCCUACUGGUGCAGAAGUUACACCAAAAACGAGAAUAAGCCAGCGUAUUUUGAGUGGUCAACCUAGCGAACCUUUACCAGCACCCAAACCAAAGAGAAAACCCGUAGAAGUGGAAUUUAUAAGUCAUUUGAGAAACCAAACCAUCCUAAAAGGCAAAACUUUAAGUUUGAAUUGCUGCUGUUCUGAUAAUCAGAAAUUAGAAGUUUCUUGGUUUAAAGAUGGACAGAAAUUUGAAAUGAAUAAGCGUUGUGUUAGCGACGUACAUUUUGGAUUUAUCACAUUAGAAAUAUAUCGUACUACUAUCGAAGACUCCGGAGUAUAUGAAUGUCAAGUAAAAACUGCAAACGGCGAGGCAAAAGAUUCCUGUAAGAUCAACGUAUUUGAGUUACCUGACAAGGAAGUCGUUGAAUUGGUAGCACCCAUGUUUAUACACCCUCUCAGUGAAUCGUAUCAUCCAACCACAAAUGAUCUUCAUUUAGAAACACGGGUACGAGGGAACCCGGUUCCAACACUAACUUGGUCUUGCGAUGGAAUUGUGAUACCCCAUAGCACAGAUAAAUUUGAAAUCUUCAACCAACAUUACUACGAGCUUGGAACUAAAAUCACUAAUGCUACUCUUAUAAUUAACAACCCUCAGUUGAAAGACAGUGGUAAAUAUACCCUAAGGGCUAAAAAUGAAGUUGGAAAAGUUGAAGUUACACGACAAGUAAAAAUAGGGCUCCGAUCCGAACACCAUAAAAAGAAACGAAUGGAUGACAUUGUCAUUCAAAACGAAGCUCCAAGGGUUAUUCCAAAACCACCAACUCCAGAACCAGAGCCUGAACCAGAACCUGAACCAGUUGUUGAAGAAGAAAAUGUACAGGAAGCUGAGGAAACACACGAGGAAGAAGAAGAGGAUGAAGAAUGGUAAAGCUAAGAGAAUUAAAAAUCGGUUUAAUAUUUAUGCUUAAUGCUAUGUUUUAGAAGAAAAUUGUAAAAUUUGUAGAAUAAAAAGUAAUUGUAAUUAUAGAAAGUGCAGCAACGUGUGAAUGCAAGCAUGUUUUAGAGAGAACAGCAUUUUGCCCUGGUUGUAUAUCUCGUUGGAGUGUGCAAUUAUUGUGGCAACACUGAUGUGUACAAUUUGGAGAAUAGGCCUUUUCAUGUGACAGGUCCGUCUAUGCAUUUGUUUACAUCGGUGGAGGACCGGUGCUAACACGGGCCUGUCAUUUUCAUAGAAGAACUGUCAAAGAGCUUCCGGAUCAGCUGAUUUGAAACGUCAUGUGAAAAGGCCUAUGAGAAAGCGACAAGUAUGCCGGUAAAGGGGAAAAUGGAAAGUUUUCCAUUCAUCCAUAAUGUGAUGUUCGACCCGUAUAGAUGUGUGUAGUAAAGUUCUCGUUGCGU